CAAAUAUUAUUUAUCAACUCUUCAAUUUAAUUUCCUUAUGAAAUUUUUUAUUAAAAAAAAUCUAGUACAGUUCAAAAGAUUAAAAGUAGAUUAAAAAUCAUUAUUAUUAUCAUCAACUAUAAUACUGAUUUUUCUCAUUUCGGAUCAAGAUCAAUUUUGUCUCUCGUGUUUUUGACAUCGCAGUUGACAUUCGUUUAACAUUGUCGUAAUAGUAUUAGUGUUUUUUUGUCGUGUACAUGUGCAUACUUGUCAUUUAAUUGUUCGUGUGUUAAUUAAUAUGUAUGUGAUAAUUUAAUGAAUUUUGACAAAUAAUUGUCGGAAGUGCAAAUUAUAAUGUUCAACUCGUGUAAAAAUAAUUUAUUCAUUCAAUUUUCAUCUGGUGACAUUCUUCAGGGAUAAUUAUUCUGAAUAAGUGAUAUAAUUGAAGGUGAAUAAAAAAUAAAUACAAAAAAUGAGGAGUCGCAGUAAUUCAGGCGUUCGCCUGGACUAUUAUCAACGUACAGUUGCAAGAAUAAUAAUGCAUCAUCAACAUCCAGUGACGGGAUUAUUUCCAGCAAGUCCCGACAAUAAUCAUGCAUGGAUUCGCGAUAAUGUCUAUACAAUUCUUGCCGUUUGGGGUCUAUCAAUGGCUUAUAAAAAAAUUGCCGACGCCGAUGAGGAUCGUGCAAAAACCUAUGAACUCGAACAAAGUUGUGUUAAAUUAAUGCGUGGCCUUUUAAUGGCAAUGAUGCAACAAAAGGAUAAAGUUGAAAAAUUUAAAACAACACAAAAUUCAUUAGAUGCAUUGCACGCAAAAUAUAGUUCAUCAACUGGACAAAGUGUUGUUGGCGAUGGUGAAUGGGGUCAUUUACAAAUUGAUGCAAUCUCCCUCUAUCUUUUGAUUUUAGCACAAAUGACCGCUUCUGGUUUACAAGUGGUUUUCAAUUUGGAUGAGGUGGCGUUUAUUCAAAAUUUGGUGUUUUACAUUGAAUCAGCGUAUUGCACUCCCGAUUAUGGAAUGUGGGAACGUGGCGAUAAAACAAAUCAUGGCCUACCGGAAUUAAAUGCAAGUAGCAUUGGAAUGGCAAAAGCGGCAAUGGAAGCAAUGAAUGAAUUAGAUCUUUUUGGUGCAAGAGGUGGACCAACAUCGGUGAUUCAUGUUCUCGCUGAUGAGGCACAAAAAUGUCAAGCAGUUUUACAAUCAAUGCUGCCAAGGGAAUCAAAUUCAAAGGAACUUGACAGUGGUCUUUUGUCAAUUAUCAGUUUUCCUGCUUUUGCCGUUGAUGAACCAUCGUUAAUACAAUUGACACGCGAUACAAUUACAAAAAAAUUACAAGGACGCUAUGGAUGUAAACGUUUUUUACGCGAUGGUCAUCGUACACCAAAAGAGGAUCCCAAUAGAUUAUAUUAUGAGCCGUGGGAAUUGCGAAUGUUUGAGAAUAUUGAAUGUGAAUGGCCACUUUUCUUUUGCUAUUUGAUACUUGACUAUUGCUUUCAAGGGAAUAAGGAACUUGUCGCGGAAUAUAGUAAACAAUUGGAAAAAAUAACGACAAAAACUGACGAUGGCAUGAGACUUGUUCCGGAAUUAUAUGCAGUUGCCAAUGACACUGUGGCUGCAGAAUAUGCAGAACCUGGAAGUCAAGAGAGAGAAGCAUUGGGACGAUGUCCUUUUAUGUGGGCGCAAUCUUUAUAUAUUCUUGGAAAAUUGCUCCAAGAAGGUUUCCUGGCAGUUGGCGAAUUGGAUCCACUGAAUCGUCGAUUGUGUAGUGAAAAAAAACCGGAUGUCGUUGUUCAAGUUGUUAUUCUUGCGGAAGACGCGGAAAUUCGUGAAAAAAUUGCACAACACGAUAUUCAUGUUCAAACGAUCGCCGAAGUCGCACCUAUUGAGGUUCAACCGGCGAAAGUUCUCAGUCAUCUUUACACAUAUUUAGGUAGAAAUAAAAAAUUGGGAUUGUCCGGAAGAAAAUCACGAGACGUGGGAAUUUUGAGUACCAGUAAAUUAUAUUCCCUACACGACAAAAUAUUUGCCUUUACACCGCAGUUGACAGACAUGACCCGCUUCUACAUCGCAUCGGACUAUGAGCUCAUGAUUGACAUAUUCAAAGGCGAAAUUAAUUUCUUGAAGUCUAGCUGGCAGAAUAUGUUAGGCCGUCCACUCGUGGUCAUGCCACUCAAGAAUAUCCACCUAGAUCAGGGAAAAAUUCCAUUGGCAAUGAUUACAACAAUGAAAAAACUCAAGAGCGGUUAUAUUAAUGGAACUCGUGUUUCUCUUGGUAAUUUAAAUGAAUUUUUAAGUACGUCCUGCAUCACAAAUCUCAGUUUUCUCGGUAGUGCAGAGGAUGGACGUCCCGAUAGAUUAAAUCCCGAGGUUCAACAGUAUUUAGAUGAACAUUUAAUGAAAGCUUUUCCACAUCGCACAAGUCUUUUGAGUCGAACUGGCGUGAAAAGUACGAAAAAUUUACGACGUCGAAUGUCCGUGAAGGGGGCAAUUAAAAAAACAAGAUCAAUUGCAGUUGAGCCAGCAGUUCCUCUCAUCUUGCAAGAACCGGAAAUUCUUGGAAUGUCUGGAGAAGAAAGAAGACCAUCGACAAUAUUGUCGACAAAUCCCUUUAUUGAAGUUACCGAUACAACACUUUCGCCAAGUGUAAAAAUUCCCGAACGAACACCAUCGCCAACUGAAGAUAUGUUCCCUUGGAAAUAUUCUCCACGUCCACAUCGGCAUCGUGUCAAUUCCGAGACACAAUACGCUGAUACAGAAGUUGAGGAAUUAAUGUCGAUGCUGCGAGAAACUGAGAGUCUCGAGGAGCAAGGCGAUAUUUUGCAAUAUUUGGUUGACACUCAGGGUUUGCAAUUUAACACCGGAAUGGUGGAGGAUGGUCAUUCGGUUCUUGUGAAAGAUUUAUUAAAGGGCCUCUAUGAAAAGGCGUGUCAACAAAAAAUGUGGGGAAUUGUUCGUCACACUGCGGGUAUGUUGGGCAAAAGAGUUGAGGAUUUAGCGAAAGCCGUCACUGAUCUUCUUGUGCGACAAAAACAAGUAACUGUUGGAAUGCCACCAAGUAAUGAACACACAAUUGUUGCACCAUUACCAGAAAAUGAAUUACGCUCAUUAAUUCAUCAAGCAUAUGGUGAUGAUGAAUCAACGGCAAUGUUAACGCAAGAAUUACUUGUCUAUCUUGCAAUGUUCAUUAGAACUGAACCACAAUUAUUUCAUGAAAUGUUAAGGCUACGAAUUGGUUUAAUUAUUCAAGUAAUGGCAACUGAAUUGUCGCGUACUCUUAUUUGUAGCGGUGAAGAAGCAUCAGAACAUUUACUCAAUCUCUCGCCAUUUGAAAUGAAAAAUUUACUUCAUCAUAUUAUGAGUGGAAAGGAAUUUGCGAUUAGCAGCGUUGGACGUGGCAAUUUUUCCGUUAUCAGCUGCAAAUCGGGGAAAGUCAGCAAGAAAUCGCAGAUUGGAUUUUUGAGUGCAGAUCCAGGCGAAAUAGGAGAAAUUGAACCAGAUCGACAGGGACAAUGGUUACGAAGACGAAGACUCGAUGGAGCUUUAAAUCGUGUUCCAAGAGAUUUUUAUCCUCGUGUUUGGCAUGUUUUAGAAAGAUGUCAAGGAUUGGCAAUUGAGGGAAAAUUAUUGCAACAAAAUCUCACUCAAGAAAUGACACCGGGUGAAUUAAAAUUUGCAUUGGCUGUUGAAACAUUUUUGAAUACAAUUCCACAGCCGGAAUAUCGUCAACUUGUCGUUGAGGCUUUAAUGGUAUUAACACUCGUUACCGAGUACAAUGUUUUACCGUCUUUAGGAGGAAUUAUUGCAGUCGAAGAUUUGGUCCACAAGGCUAAUGGCAUUUUUCUCGCCGAUCAGAUCAAAUGUGAUGGAGAUGCGACUUUAUGUUGCGCGAAACCAAAAGACCAAAGGGAAAUAAAUUCAACGGGAAUGUUACUUUGCGGUGGUGCUGCAUACGUUUGUCAACAUUUUUACGAUAGUGCGCCAAGUGGAAGUUUUGGUACAAUGACAUACAUUACGAGAGCUGUGGCUUCCAUGUUAGACUGUUUGCCGAUUAAUCACGAUCUAGAGUGUUCUAUAUCAUAGGUAAAUUGUUUUUAUUUUUUUUUUCAUAUAUUAUAUACACUUUAACCCCUUUUACAGUCACUUAAUUUUUUUACAAUUUUCCUCCAAGGACUAAAAAAGUUUUUUUUUUACUUUUCAAAAAGAACAAAAAGAUUACAAAAAUAAUAAAUUAAAAAAAAAUGAUCGAUUUAAAUUUGAUAUUACAUUAAUUUAAUUGAAAACUUAAUAUAAGUGCAAAUUAUAAUCAAUUUAUAAUUUUAAAUUGAAAAUUAUAAUAAUUGAAUAUUAAUUAAUAAUUAUUUUAUAUUAAACUAAUAAAAUAUAAAUUUCCAUUUUUUUUUAAAUUUAAGGUAAAUUAAUAUUAAAUAUUAAUUUCUAUUUUUUAAUAUUUGAAUAUUAAAAAAGUUUUUUUUUCGCGAUUAGAAAAUAAAUUAAAUGGAACGAAUGAAAAAAAAAAUGUGACUGGAAAAGGGUAUUUACAAGUGUUAAUUGUAUAGUUAAUUUCAUUUUUUUUUCGAAUGAAAAUUUGUGUGAAAUUUCCUUAUAAUUUUUACACAAUUCGACGGAAAAUCAAGUGCCAAGAAAAUAAAAAAAAAUUUAGAUAAUUGUGUAUAAAAUACU